AUGACGGCUUGGCACUUGGCACUUGGCACUUGGCACCACGAUUAUACGGCGCUCACCACUCACCCAACGUUGUGCUGGUGCUCGCUACCGGUAGGUAGCAGAGUAGCAGCUGACAUGAAUUGGUUUAGAGAAGGAAAAAGUCAACGAAAGCCUACUAAGCGUAUUGGAGAACAGUCCAAGAAGAAGAGACAGUCUGGAAAAUGCAGUGCCUCGCUGGCUGCUAAACGGAGCCAAUGGGUACAGAAGAACUUAUGUUUUGUCUGCAAUGAAGAAGCUGAUAGAAAAGAGCUCAGCGCUUGUCAGUGUUACAAGGAUCUUGGAGUGUCAGGUUUCGGUUUGAUCAUUUGCGAUUAUUGCUGUGAUGAUGAGGGUGCAACCUGCUUGGGUUGUGAGGACACUCUUUGCCUUCAAUACUGUGAUUUCACAGAUUGUCAUGCGUGUAGCACGUCAAUCUGCAAGAGUUGCCUGGAUUCUAAACAUCACGAGGGUAAACUUGCUUCUACAUGUGGAAGCUGCAAUGAGCUGUAUUGCAAGCAAGGAGUGCACGGAUGA